CUCCAACUCUCAUCAACAAAUUAGGAAAAUGGGAAGAGGGAAGAUAGAGAUUAAGAAAAUUGAAAACACCACCAAUCGACAAGUCACCUUCUGUAAGCGCCGGAAUGGCUUGCUCAAGAAGGCCUACGAAUUGUCUGUGCUAUGUGAUGCCGAAGUUGCCCUCAUCGUCUUCUCAACCCGCGGCCGCCUCUAUGAGUAUGCCAACAACAGCGUCAAAUCAACAAUUGAAAGGUACAAGAAAGCAUAUGUUGAUUCCUCAAAUUCAGGAUCUGUUUCUGAAGCUAACACUGAGUUUUACCAGCAAGAAGCUACCAAACUGCGGCGACAAAUCCGGGAUAUACAGAAUUCAAACAGGCACAUUCUGGGCGAGGCUCUCAGCUCGUUAACCUUUAAGGAGCUCAAGAAUCUGGAGGGCAGAUUGGAGAGAGCCAUUAACAAAAUUAGAUCCAAAAAGAAUGAAAUGUUGUUCGCUGAAAUUGAGCUUAUGCAAAAGAGGCUAAAUAUUUACAUUGUGCAGGAGAUUGAGCUGCAAAAAGCUAACAUAUACCUGCGAGCCAAGAUAGCUGCAAAUGAAAGAGCACAAGAGCAAAUGAACUUGAUGCCAGGAUCAGAGUACGAGAACAUGACUUCACAGCCUUACGACGCUCGGAACUUCCUCCCUGUAAACCUCAUCGAGCCCAGCCACCAGUACUCCCGUGAGGACCAAACAGCUCUCCAACUUGUGUAA